AGUUAGAUAUGAAAUUGGUGUAUGUGGCUCCAGUGGAAGGUUAUACUCACCUACUUUGAGUUGCCAUACCUGAUUUCCUCCAAGCAUCUCAGCAGACAGAUCUUCUACUCAUAGCUCAUACGAUUUGAUUUAUCAGGGUUUGUGCUUCAGACAUAAUGUUUGAGUGGUUUGUUAACGACGUCGCUGGGAUUGUUUGCAGCACAUUCACCUACCUGUUAGUUUUAUACUCACAGUUUGUCAUCAUCUCAGUUGUCUUACUUCCUGAUCCUAUUGUCAGCGAAACUAUCCAGGUCGGAAUUUUCUGGACGUUUUCUCUGCUAGCACUGUGGUGUCAUAUCAGAGCAAUGACUACCAAUCCUGGUACAGUGCCGAUGGAAACAUAUAACGUGAGAUACACGGGUAAAGAUGAGCUUCGAAGUGCAGUGCUCUGUCUUAAGUGUAACAGUAUUAAACCUGAACGUGCGCAUCACUGUAGUGUUUGCAAGAGAUGCGUAAGAAAGAUGGACCACCACUGUCCAUGGGUCAACAACUGCGUGGGCCAGCAAAACCAGAAGUUCUUCAUACUCUUUACUUUCUAUAUAUUUGCCAUAUCAGUCCACGCGAUGUAUAUGGCGGUACAGAAGAUUGUUACUUGCAGUGAUUCUGAGUGGAGAAGUUGCGGGUCACUCUCCCCUCCAGUAUCGCUGAUGUUACUCACAAUCCUACUCUUUAUUUCACUACUAUUUGGCCUUUUUACUGGUAUUAUGUUUGGUACUCAAAUAUACGCAAUCUUAGACGACCAAACGGGAAUAGAGAAGUUAAAGAACGAGACAGCGACGUGGGAACGGUUAACUUGGAAACAGAACCUCCAAGAAGUAUUUGGCACACAGGCAGGUUGUACCUGGUUACUUCCUGUCAUGCCAUCUCACCUUACUCCCGGGCCCAAGAUGCACCAGAACAAAUUCCAAGUGUAGCGCUAAAACUUUUUAUAGUCCCCAGAGAACAAUAAUGAUCUGAUAUUAAUUGAUCAUGAUAUUGUUAUGAUGAUAUGAUAUGAUAUUUAUGUAGAUGAAGAAUGAAGCGCUUUAUAAGGAUCUUAAUAGUUUUUCAACAUCUGGCAUAUGUGAAAUCCAGUAUUGCAGUUAAAUAGUACAGGUUUAACUAGGAUAUGGAACUUUACAUUAAUGAUUUAUAUGAACAUGAUGUAUUAAAAUUUCGAGAUUGUUCGAUAGUCAGUAGAUUUAGUUACGAUAGUUUGGUAGUUAAGUGUACAACGGUGUUUAUAGUAGAGUUACAUUUUACAUUUAUCUUGUAUCGAGUAAAUUGCACCAGGCCACCACCAAUCACCAUCCGUACUAAAACGUUUGAUUAAUUUGUUUGAAACAGUAACCACGGUUGGCUAUUAUUGUCUGCGGUUAGCUAAAUUGUAAAGUUUAAGGCAUGGACAUUCAAAUCACAACUAAAAUUUUCCCGUUUUAUUACCCAGAUCGUCAGAAAGCCAUUCCGAGCAUAAAUGAUCGGAAAUGAUUGGAAAACUAAAACCGGUUAAACCAACACUUGGCACACGGAUCACAACACUUUCUUUGUAGGGUCACAUUAUCAGUCUUUAAGUAAUGUCAUCCAUAUCUGAAUACCAUGAUGUAACUAUUGACCGAUUAAACAGUAUUGUUGUUCGAUUAGCUCUGCUCUAUCGCCACAUGUAAUGAAGAGGAAACUUUUUAAACGAAAGUAUGUUGAAAAUGUCAGUAUUGUUAUUACUAUCGGAAUGUACAAUGUACAAUGGCAGAUAUUCGACUCAAUAUACAUCAAUGUAUAUCAUUCUGAUCGCUAAAUGAUAUAGAUAUUAUAUACAGAGGAGACGCCUAUAUAAAUUUAUAUUGCGCACAGUGGUUUUAUAAUUUGACCUGAAAAUCGCGGUAUAAUAUUUUACCGGGGUAAGCACAGGGCUCCAAAAUGAAUGCUCUAAAUUACAGUGGUCCUAUAGUGAUAAUGACCACAGUCUCCUGCGAAGAAGUAGAACCUGAAAAUCCGAUCGUUGGGUUCAGUUGUGAUAUGACCUGGGUUCAGUUGUCGUUUUGGGAUUUAAGCUGAUUGGUCACCCAAUUAAGCUGAUUGGGUGCCUGUUAACUGCGUGGGAACUAGGUUCAAUUGGGUUCAGUUGUCGGUCACCCAAUUUAAAACAUUAAGGUUGUAGUUGGUGGACUUAUAAGAAAGAGGAUAGCAAUCACUCUAUAAUAUGCAAAUGUUUAGAUUAUAAAUUGCCGUAUGUGGUUAGGCUUUUUUUGGAGCUGGUUUGACGAAUCAGUGUUCACUACUUGGGAACUGUCAGAAAACGAAUAGGUCACCCUGUAUCUAACAAUUUGGGUAUAAUUACAUGACAUGCAAUUCUAGUAUAAAGCCUUUAUUUCUUAAUCUGUCCAGUCACGCCUUAAACCGGGAAAUUUAUUGAAGCUCUCACAGAAAUUUCGGCUGCAUCUCUCAUUCUAAAUUACUUUGCAGUUUCAUCAAAUCAGAGUUAAAAUUAAAUUGUAAUCGAGGGUAGUGUAUAGUGUACAGUGUAUCGUAUUUCUGUAAAACUAAAACACAAACUCGAUUUAUAAGCUGUUGCUUGUAACAAAAUCUAAAAUAAAAUUUCAACCAAACUUCUAGUCUCCACAAACAAUAGUUUUACUAACUGACAUGCGUUAAUACAUGCAAUCCUACCUGUGGAUCAGGGUUGAGGAGAGUGUGGACCCUUCUAUCUGCUGAGUUGCUUUGCUGUGUAGAGGACAGAUUGCGCUUUAGUACUUUAGUCUUUACUCGACAAAUUACAAAUUACAAAAGCAGAAAAUACUGGAACAAGAGCAAUGUUAUGUAAGCAAUAUUUGAGAGAGAGGUUUCAACAAAUUCCAUAGUAAUACUAGUGUUAAAAGGACUAACAGCGAUAAUUAAACUUAGACUGAGCUGAGACUAAAAUUAACAGCUGAAUUCUAAAAGUUCUUAGGUGGCUCUUGGUGGUGUAAGAUCCAGAGGUGUUUGAAGUUUUAAAGAAUUUGGAGUUGAUUAUUUUUGGCUUGACAUCGGUUUAUAUACAUUUUAAGCAUUUGUAGUGAAAUAACCUAGUUUAAGUCCUCUCCAUUGAAUUUUAAUAAGGCUGGAAAGUUUAGUGCUGUUGCAAGUUUGAUAAUAAAAUGUUGAUUAGAAUUCUUUCUAUAAAAUUGAUAAUAUUCCAAGUUGUUUAUACAGCUAAAACAUUGAGAUCAGUUUCAUAAUA